AUGGGAGAAAGUUGCCAAGAUUGCAAAACCAUGGAGGCUUCAUUUAUUUGUGUUUGUCUAGAAAGACACUUAUGUGAUAACUGCUUAUUGACACAUAUAUCGAGUUCUGAAGGGAAUGAGCAUCGGCCUGUUUCUUUGACUCAUCCUUUAUUGACGUUAUUGCUUGAGGCAAGUGAAGAUGCUGAUAACGCUGAAGAAUGCAUUAUACACAGUCAUGAGAAUAUAAAGCACAGCAAAAUAGAGACUCAGGUACAAAAACUCCAAAAAUUUAAAGAAAGGACGAAUUCUUUGGUUGACUCAAAAAUACAAAAAUUGAGAGCUGAGCUAGAAUUAGAGCCAAACGAAGAACAAAAUUCGUCUGAAAGCAGUGAAGAAAUUCCAACAUUGCAUAUACCGCCUACUAAAACACCGGUUCCUCCUAUAGAAGUCAAGCCCCGCCCAUUGUCAUCUUUCAGCUCAAUUUUAAAAGAGGACGCAUCAAGGCAGAGAUUUUCUACACGACCUUCAUCGAGGAUACAUUUUUUAUCGACUUCCCCAGUUUUUGAUGAAAAUAACACGUCUUUGCAAAUAUAACCCUAGCUUUCCUUUGGCUAUGGCAAUACCGACGUCGUUAGACUUCGGAAGGGAAGUUGGUCUUAUCAACGUUGCUAGUAAAACCAACUCCUCAGAUGAGCAAAUUUAUUGCAUAUUGGAGCUUUACCAUCUGGGGAGCUGGUUUUAUCAACAAUUUUGGUAAGACCAGCUCCCCUUUCGAUAUCUUCUGACGUUAGUAUUGCCCGAACCCAAAAGAGGCUCAGGCAAUAGAAGAACUAAGGUCUACUCCGAAAAGCUGAAUGAAGCCAAAUGAAAGCAAAAAUGAUAUUUUUAAGUCUUUAGAAAUUACUCGAAAAGAGCCAAGCCAUUUGCAUACCACUAAAUUUAGUAUGUCAGAGAAAAAAAAUUUAGAUGUCCAGGCAAAUUUAUUUUCAAAAUCUUGAAGUUCUAGCAAAUCAAGUUAUAAAGUUAUCUUAAUUGGAGACCGUGGAGUAGGGAAAACCACUUUAUUAUCGACUUUCAUGGCAAAUCAUGGUGGAUACACUCGCAAACCUGGUAUAGGAUAUGCAUCAAGAAUGGUUUCAUAGGUAUAUUAAUUUAAGGUUUUUAGUCCUCCGUUUAAUAUCCACUACCAUAUCACCUGCCUAGGCAUCGGUCCCUAUUUCAGGUCUCGAUCCACCAUAAUGCUGUGUAUCGCCUCUCUUCGUCUCUAAAUGGUUUUUUCGGCUUCGAGCGUUCGGAUUUAGACAGCUAUCCUUCCGGCCCUUCGGGCUGCCUGCACAGAAUUUCAAAAAAUGUAAUUUCUUGCUGACUGUAGGAAAAGGUCUAACUCAGAGGUCAAGUCUUAACUCUUGAUUUCACGCUGUGGAGCUGCCCGAAUGACCAAAAGACACUGCUGGACUUUCCCUUUUCAACUCUAAGCCUUCCCCAAAUUGUUUAACUGAUAUUUGGCAGCACCUUUUUGGAUACAUUAAAUAUGUGCUCGAGGAAGUAUGGCUGACAGGCUAUGCAUUGGGCCUAGACACAAUAUUUAAUUAUGCAUCAAGAAUGGUCAAUUUCAUUGAAAAUUCAAUCGAAGCUAACGUUUGAGACAUUUCAACUUCUAACAAUUUUUCAGCCAUCAAUAAAUCUUGCAUGUAUGGAGCAUAUGGCGGGCUUCUUUUAUUUGAUUUAACAAGAGAAAUCACAUUUUUUGGGAUAGAGAAGCGGUUAGAAGAAUUUGCAAAAGAAUCGAACCCUCUUUCAGUCAUCAUUUUGGUUGGCACAAGACUGGAUGUUACGACUCACAACCCUCGAUCAAGGUUUAUCUCAUUUGAAAGAGGCCAAGAAUUCGCUAAAAAUAACGGAGCUCUCUACGAUGAAAUUUGCUGCCAAAAUCCUGACCAUGUCAAUGAGCUUUUAAAAAGGUUAAUGAGGGAAAUAUAUAGGAGAAAAAUUUAUAAAAGCAAUUAG